AUGGGUGAAAUAUUCAGCAGUGACGGUGAGCAGCGGAGGAGAGAAGAUCGAGCACGUGCACAGAUUCGAGCCGAUCAGGAGCAACGACGAAGAGAUCUUGAAGAAAGUGAACGGCGGGCUGAGGAGGAACGACGGCAGUAUGAUCGGGAGAGGAGAAGAGAGCAAGAACGGCUUGAAGCUCUGCAGCGAUUGGAAGAUGCGUUGAGAAUGGAGCUCCGACAACGUGAACUCGAGAGACAACUUGCUGCUCAAGCCGAAAAAGAUAGAAUUGAGAAAAUAAUUCGAGAUCUCAUACUAACCGCUGAAGAAGAAUUCAAAGUAGGCAAAGAAGAAUUGAGAAAAGAACAUCAAUCUGUGAUGAGGAAGAUACGAGAAUUUCACAAGAAUGCUUUAGAAAUGAAACGAAUCGAUUUUAAAUUAGCCGAAGGAAUUCUUUCGGUUGCAAUUGAUGGAAUAAAAGAGAUGAUGAAAAUUGACAAAGAAGAGCAUCGCUCUGAAAUCAAACGUCACGAGUUAACGAAACGAGAAAUGGUUGAAAAGCAUCAAGAAACAAUUCUUUCGGAAAUCUUACUAACAUCAACAUUUGAAGAAGAUAUGCAAGAGCACGAGCUACAACAUCAAUUAAAACUGGAAAAUAUCGAGAAGAAAUCUGAAAUAGAUAAAGCCAACUUUGAUAAAGCAGUUAGAGCUGAUAUUCUUGAAAACAAGUUUAACAGGGCCGUGCAGCGAACAAAACGCGCGGGGUGCUCGUUGUCAGAUGCCAUGGAGAUUUUGAACGAAUCAAUCGGUUCUCUGCAAGAUGAAGAUGGUGAACAGACAUUGACAAGGGCUAGGAACCGACAGAUUGGCAUAACUCGGGUGAAUCAUGGCUUGAAUGAUCUGUCGGAAGCAGCAGAAAACAUAUUAAGACUGCAUGGGCUCGACGUUGAGGAGGACAGCACAAACAAAGAAAUUUCUACACAAAUUCUAGACGAUAUUGGUACUGCCAGAGAAUGUUUGAGCCAGCUUGUAAACUCUGAUGAGGAAACUUUGUUGGAAACUUUUCAAAUGCUCAGCGAGAAAACUUCUUUUUUAUCUUCAUUAGCUGUUGACAUUCUUCUCGAAAUUGCCCUACAAAACCAUGUUGUAAACGCAAUCGAGAAGAGUAAUUUGGAAUUGUUCGAAUGUUGUACUGGUGCUAUUGAAGAUUGA